CUUAACUUAAAAGAAAUGUUUUCAUGUUGUCGUGCGAAUACUAAAAGUGCAAAAUUGUCAAAAAAAGUUAAAAAUAAUACUAAAAGUGAUGCAGAAGCCGUUGUCGUAAAUGACCAAGGUCGAAUAAUACCAACAAUAAAUAUCGACACGGUGAAAACGAAUGAUUUCAAAGACGAAAAUAUAUAUCUUCCCCAAAACGAAAAUAAAGCUGGAAAUGUUGAAAAUUUGACCAAAAACGAUGAGUCAGCGACAGAUAAUAACGGCGAUGAAGAUGCCUUGGAAAUGGCAUCGCAGGAUAUUGCCGAAAAUGUUCCGUUAGCAGAAGCAAUUGUUGAGAACCACCAAAGCGGUGAGCAAAACCAAUCAUAUUCGACAUUUAGUUCCAAAUCUGGAGCUACAAGUAAUAUUCCAAUAAAUAAAUUAAAUUCUGGUGAUUGCGAAAAACAGGAGGACAUAGAAACGCCUGGUUUGAAAAGUCAUGAUGAAUCUGUAUCAGCCACCACACCGGUGAAGAGUUGUCUGUCUCGGCAUAACUCCAUGCACACAUCAAUAAAAAAGAAGGUGAAUAUCAGCGCUCACGCUGAAAUAAUCGAACCGGAUCCUUUACCUCCGCCCCCAUACGAUCCCGCUAUAUUAGCUGUUGAAGAUGACGAUGUUUUCUCCGAUUCACUACCCCCACCUAAACGAGAGAGUAUGUGUGCGCCGUAUAUUGAGCAAAGUGAGGCGCCUGAGUUGAUGACCUAUACUCAUGGGUUGCCCGAAUGGUUCAAUGAUGAAAGGAUCAAUGACAUUGGUUGCAUUGAGCCACCUGUUACACCAGUGGGUCGCGAUGAGCUGGAGCUGAGGCGUCAGCGUCUCUACACAGACCUCUUACGCGCGGCACAUGCAGCCGUCGAACAUAAUGCACGUUUCACCCCCUUGUACGGGGACGUUACUGCCGGAAAAAGUGAAGGAGAUUGCGAUCCCGACCUAAAACCUUCUGUUGUCGAUAAUCUUGAGAGUUUGGUAAAUCGACUAGAACAUCUGGUUAAGCGUUUAGAACGUUCCAUUUCAGCUCGUGAACUUGAAAUAGCAAAUCGUACAUUUGAUACUGUUAGAACGCAGAAACGUGCGAGUUUCGAUUUAGAGAGCACGGAAUUGCCACACCUACCUGUCGAAUCGCUCGAAAAGCAAAUAUCGCUAAAGGCGGGAAAUCUUAACGGCCGUAUUGUAAAAUUAGAAAGUUCGUUGAAUCGAAUAAAUUAUCGUCAUAGCAAUAGUUUGAGUGGCGACAAUAGCGAAAAUAGUCAGAAACUAGAAGAGCAACACGAACAACAGCAAGAAAAGGAGAAAAGUUUAGAGAAUAUACCGACCGUGCUUGCAGACUUCCAGGUGCUACCGCCCACUCCAUCUAUUACAGAACAUCCAUCGAUACCGUCAGCUCCCAACAUGAGCGUUGUAGGCUUUCAAGAUAUUAUUAACGGGCCGCUCAGUCAAUACUUAGGGCUAUCUGAACAUAUCGGUGGUGAUGUUGCCAAGCAUGCACAGUUUGUUAAAUUGGCUUUCAAUGCUCAACUUCAGUAUGUUACAUUGGCUACGCAAUGCUCCCAGCCAACCCAGGAAAAGCAAAUGGAAUUAUUGAAGCCCACGUCGACCCAGAUCAGCACUAUUCAAGAUUAUCGUGAGAAAAAUCGGGGAUCGAUAUUUUUCAAUCACUUAUCGGCUAUUAGUGAGAGUAUUCCAGCCUUGGGUUGGGUCUGUGUGUCACCUACACCCGGACCUCAUGUAAAAGAAAUGAACGACGCUGGUCAAUUCUAUACGAAUCGUGUCCUGAAAGAGUGGAAGGAUAAAGAUGCUAUUCACGUUGAAUGGGCACGUGCUUGGAUUCAAACAUUAACACAAUUGCAAGCGUAUAUUAAGCAGUAUCAUACCACUGGACUAGUGUGGUCCGGUAAAGGAGCAGCACCAGCUGGCAGCUCUGCCCCACCACCACCGCCGAUUGGUGCAUGCCCACCUCCACCGCCACCACCGGCUUUUGACAUCGGCUCAUUGUCAUUAGAUGACGGUGGCGCUGAUGAGCGCAGUGCUCUUUUCGCCGAAAUUAAUCAAGGCGAAGCUAUUACAAAAAAUUUGAAGAAGGUCACUGCUGACAUGCAAACUCAUAAAAAUCCUACAUUGCGUACUGGUCCAGCUCCAUUCAAACCAACGCAAUUCGGAUCGUCAGCUGGUGGUUCACGUCCUGCUCCCACUGCUGCAAAAGAACCCGUAUUUACACGUGAUGGAAAAAAAUGGUUGAUCGAAUAUCAACGCAAUAAUCGUAAUCUACUAGUGGAGAAUGCCGAAAUGAAUAAUGUGGUGUAUAUGUUUAAAUGCGAAGGGUCCACAUUAACUGUUAAAGGCAAAGUGAACAACAUCGUUUUCGAUUCUUGUAAAAAAUGCUCUUUACUAUUUGAUUCGGUUGUGGCGUCGGUGGAAUUCGUUAACUGCCAAAGUGUUCAAAUGCAGGUUCUUGGCUUCGUCCCAACAAUUUCCAUCGAUAAAACAGAUGGUUGCCAAAUGUAUUUAUGUAAAGAAUCACUGGGUGUGGAAAUUGUAAGCUCUAAGUCUUCCGAAAUGAAUGUUAUGCUCCCUCAAGCCAACGGUGAUUAUACUGAGCUGGCUUUGCCGGAACAAUUCAAGACUACAAUUUCCGGUCAAUCGCUGAAGACCAUUUGCGUCGAAAGUCUUGGUUAAAUGGAUUCAAUGCCUCGAAUGGUUGCAAAUGGCUAAUAGCUUCUUCAUAGGCAUAUCCAGAAAAAUAUUUAAAGAAGACUAAACUUACAUGUUUAUAAAAUCAUUUUGCUACUCCAAAUCACUUUUAUAUGAAUAAUUCGCAUUACAAAGCGUCGAUAUUGAAUAUUAAAAUUUUAACUAAAACAAUAAUGUAAGAUGAGAGUUUUUAGUGCAACAUGUGUGUACUGCAAAAACAAACACUGUGCAUUACUUUUUAUUUCGAUUUUUAUGUAUUAUGCGAAUUAUGAUUGACAAGUAUUUAUAACAGUUUUAUUUAUUUUAUCAAAUUCAAAUACGAAAAAAUAAACUUGGUAAAAAGAAUUUUCGUUUUUUAGUUCAUAAUGGUAUUUUAUGUAUAGUAUAACAAGUAUUAAGAAUAAGAUUCAAAUUAAAGAAAUUAAUUACUGCAUUUUUAGGAUUUUUGAAUAAAAAUAGUAUAUAUUCGAUUUUUUAGUAAUCUUAAAGCAUAGUGUAAUAUACAAAAGAAGUUAUACCGACAAAAUCUUAAUGGAGUUUAUUGUAUUGAAUUUCUUGAAGAGGUUAUCAAAUAUAUUCAAAUUAAUACUGAAUCACAAUCUCAGUACCUCCUUACCGUA